GAUAUAUUAAUGUUAGUGUUUAAAAAUCGGUCUUUUAGAUAUUUUUCAAUAUUAUAACGUAAAUUGUUACAAUUUGUAUUGUUUACAUAUCGAUAACUCCAAAAGUUAUUUUUAUAAAUCAGAGUAAUCACUAUAUUGAAUAGUGAAUACCCAUAUAAUUCACUGAUAUUAUUUGAUUAUCGUAAUGCUGAUAGUUGACGUAAAUUAAACAACCUAAAUUAUCUAGUCUAGAGAUUAGUUUAGGAACAGCCGUCAGACGUCUCUCGUUUUUAAUAGUGUUUGUAUUCAAUUGUUUUUCUCUGAAAAUAUUGUCGUGAUUUUAUAAUAUUAUGUGUUCUAAAAUAAGAAAUAAUGUUUAUUUAUUGGGUAAUGAAUGCAGUCAAAUUACUGGUGGUAAAUUGCCGUCCAUUAAGCAGGCUUUAUUAGUUUUUUCUACAACUUACGAGUUUUUAAAUUAAAUAUACGUGAAAGUGCUCGUCUCGCUGUACGUGAAAUAGUAAUAUUUUGGGAAAAAGCAAGAAUUCCUGUACAAGACAUUCAGCAUUGUAUAUCUAAACUAGAAAAAUUAUAUCAUGAAUGGAGAACAGUUCAAAAAAAUUCUACAAAAAGAACCGAAUGUCAAAUUAAAAAAGAAGUCGUGUUCACCUCAAAAUCGGACGAUUUAUUUGACAUUGCUCAUGCGAACGCAUUAAAUAUGUUAGGUAAUAAUUUUUACUAUGACAUUCAUAUUUUGUUUAAAAUUUUUUAAAAAAACAUUACUUAUUAUAGGUAUCCAAGAAGAUCGAGAUUUUUUACUUCUCCAAAGAGAAAAAGGCCGAAAAGGCUAUAUGAUGGGCAUUGAUACUAAAUUGGUUAAAGCUGAAAAGCGAAAGGCUGAUCGAUUAAAAUCAUUAAAUGAAGCAUCUAAACGUUCAAAAAUAGAAGCAGAAAAAUUAGAAAGAGGAGUGAAGCUAAUUGAAGAAUAUAACAGCAUUUUAACUAAAGAUGAAGAACAAAAACAGUACCUACUACAAAUUGUAAAAAAUUAUAAAAUUAUGUAUCCUGACAGUAACAAAUCGACACUACAAUAAUAUUAUGUUAUUAAAUAUUAUUAACUAAUAAAAAAAAUUGUAUCAGU